AUGAUUUCUUCAAGAAUGAUCGAAAAAGAAGAGGAAAUUCUUUAAUGUGAUAUUCAUUAACAGUUAAUCAUCAUGGUAUCUAGCGAUCCAAAGUUUAAGAAGAAGUAAAGACUAUUAUGCAAAUUAUGCAUGGAAAAUGUAGAAUCAAAUAAGCCAAUUAAAAUUUUUAAGCAAGUUAAAGAAAUUAUUGUAGAAAAUCAAAAGCUAAGAAAAAGUCAUGUUGAGAAUAUUGUAAACUUCAAUACCAAUUCUAUUUAAUAAAUUAAGUUGGUUCUACUUGAUUUAAAAACUCAAGUUACUCAAAAUAUAGUAAAAUUAAUUGGGUAUGUAGAUUAAUGGAUGGAAGAAGUAUUACAAUGCGGAUAAUAAAAUGCCACGUUUAGUUUUUUUGAUGAAUUAGAAAACCUAAUUACUAAAACAAAAAAUGAUUAAUUCAAUCCGGAAUCUCUUAUUGAAAAAAUAAAUAAGCUUAAUAAGUCAAAAUGCUUGAAGAUUAAUCAUACAUUAACAUUUUUUAAAUCAUUUUAAGAAACCAAAAAGUGCGAAGAACUAUUAUAAAGUAUUUAAAAUCAAGGACACGAAAGAUGUGAUGCUAGGAUACAAUAGGAAAUGAAUUAAAUUGCCAUUUAAUAAGAAUAACUAGAAAAAUAAUAAUAGAUGAUAGAUAAAAAAAUUGAACUUAAAUUAAUUGAUGAUUCAAAUUAAUCGAGUGGGUAUUGUUUUGCAAUAGUGUUUGACAAAACAGGAUCAAUUAUGGUGUCGUGUGAGAGUCCAAAGAUUUAAAUUUGGAACUUUGAUAAAGGAAAAUUAAAAUUAAUUAACACAUAUACAUAACAUCAAGAUACUGUUAGGUGUCUAGUGUAUAGCAAACUCAGAAAUUCCUUUAUUUCUGGUUCUAUAGAUCAUACUAUCAUCUGUUGGUAAUAAAUUAAUCAAAACGAGUGGAAAUAUUCAUAGCCAUAUUAAUAGCAUCUUGAAGGAGUCAAUUGUUUGAUUUUAAAUAAAUAGGAGGAUUAGGUUAUUUCAGGAAGUUGUGAUAAAUAAAUAAAUGUUUGGUAAGUAGAUUUUAUGAAGAAUCAGCUGACUUUUCUAUAUGCUUUAGAUAACCAUAUAAACAGUGUAGAGUCAUUAUAGUUUAAUUCAAAUGAAACUCAAUUGGUGUCCUGUGGAUUUGAUGAAUUUAUAAUAUGGGAACAAGGACUCUAAGGAAAAUGGGAAUUUAAAUAUAAAUAAUCAGUUGCUAAUAAAGGGUAUAAAAUAUAUUUAAUAAAUGAUCAACAGCUUCUUUGGGUAACUAUGGAUGCAGAUAUUGACGAUAUUUUAGUAUUUGAAUUGUAGAGAGGAGUUUUUAAAUAAAAUAAUAAUAAAACUAUCAAAUUAACUAAGAAUAAUAAAAGCGAUGAUGAUAUGAAUUUUUCAAUCGUCCAUAAUUAAGAGAAAAAUAUUUUAUUGAUAAGACAUAAAUAUCAUAUCUAUUUAUUUCGAUAAUUAAUAGAUGGUAAUCUAAAGGUUUAUAACUAAUUGAAUUGUUAAGUUAAAUAGGUUUUUGGGAAUAUGACCAAUGAUGGAGAGUAUUUAAUAUUUUGGGAUUUGAAGAAAGAAAAGUAUUAAACUUAUGAAAUUUUAAAUAUAUGA